AUGCGCUCCCAGAAGCUGAGGCGGCGACCAGAUACCUGCCAUGCAUUCCAUCCUGAGGUAAAGCGGGUUGAGGAAUUGUUGCAUUUGACAAAGUAGGCUCUGCCCCACAGCAGCCAUGAUAAUGUGCUGGCCUAAAUAAAAUAAGCUGGGUUUUGAAAUGUCAGUCCAUAGAUUCAUUUUUAACCACCACAAGGCUGCCUCACUUGUUUUCCUAUGUGGAGGCCCUAAAAAUAGGGCACAGUGCCCCCACCUGUCCAUCAGUGUGUGUUUGAUGUGAUGUAUGCAGCAAGCCUGUGCACACGUUAUACACAUAGCCAAGUGCACUGGGUUCCUUGCCAUGUGGUAGGCACUCAUGAGCACGCAUAUUCUGCACAGACACAGUUUAUCCUGCCAGCCCUAUGAAUGGAUCCAUUGUUAUCGGGAGGUGGAUUUGGCCAUCCCCAUUGCAAAAAAAGUUUCAAUCAUUUGGCCCAAGUUAAAAUGAAGCUAGGCUUUAAUUUUUGCUGCCCUCUAAAUUCUACUUGCUGACCACAUACUUGCUUUGUUUUUCAGGAAAACGCCCAGGACUGUGGAGGAGCGGCAGAGAUUUCUGCCUCAUUGGCCCUGCUCUUCCUUCCUCUGGGAACCACAGCUCUUCUCUUGCGGUGA